AUGGAGGCAAAGAAAGGAUCUGGAAGAAGAUUGCGUGCCAUCGGUCGGACGCAGUACGCCGAGCAUGAAGACCUAUCGGAUGUGGAGGAUGUGGUCAGCGUUCGUGGCUUCAGCCUGGAGCAGAAGGUCAGCAGCACCAACUACCGAGGGGACUACGUGCAGGUCAUGGAGGGCAAAGAUUUUACAUAUGAAUAUGUUCAAAGAGAAGCCCUUAGAGUCCCUCUUCUUUUUCUUAGCAAGGAUGGACUAGGUAUUAAGAUGCCAGAUCAGGAGUUUACUGUCAGGGAUGUGAAACUACUAGUUGGAAGCCGGCGUAUAGUUGAUGUGAUGGAUGUGGACACACAAAAGGGUACAGACAUGAGUAUGUCACAGUUUGUUCGCUACUAUGAGACGCCAGAAAUGGAAAGGGAGAAGCUGUACAAUGUGAUCAGCCUGGAGUUUAGCCACACCAAGCUAGAGAAAGUAGUCAAGAGGCCAGCUGUGGUAGACGCAGUUGACUGGGUAGAUAACAUGUGGCCUUCACAUUUAAAGGGGAAACAAAAAGAAUCAACUAAUGUCUUAUCUGAAAUGAAGUAUCCCAAAGUAAAAAAG